AAUCUACAAACCUAUUAUAUAAAUUUGACUUUUUAUUUGUCUAAUAAAAUAAAAAAUAAUGGUUUGUGGCAUCAAUGUCGACAUCACUGCAACUUUCGCCUAUUAUCUGUUGUAUUACAUCAUUUUUAUUACUCAUCGAAAAUGUCCACAGCCUUAAGAACAACGGCAGUCAUCACGAUUAUUACUACCAUCACCAGCCAAGUAAAAAGUUCAAUUUAUCUCUAAAUUUAUCUAAUUUGUCGCAGGAGGAUGGAAGCUAUAAAAUGCUUGUUGCGGGCGGAUAUCGGAAAUAUACCAAUGUACUGGAAAGACACAUCGUAUCCAUACGCACCGCCCGAGCGACCGCAUAUUUCGGAGAUAAUCACAUUUGUGCGGGCUCAAUCAUAUCGGACGAUUUAAUAUUAACCGCGGCGCAUUGUGUUAUUGAUCGUCGUAAGAUUGUGACUCGUGGUCAUCGUAUUAUAGUAGUUGCUGGAGCACCGAAUCGUUUGCUUCAGUACGUAGCAACAGUUGAAAUGAAAGUACUCAAUGUGUUUCCUCAUCACAAAUUUGUACCAAAUGGCGCUCACGAUAUAGCAUUAUUGCGUCUCGCUGGCAGCUUUCCUGACGAUAAUGAUUUUAUCAAAAUAAUUCCCCUCUCCGAUCAUAUUAUACCAAACGGAACAAUAUGCACGAUCAUUGGUUGGGGUCAACUGUUUUAUCGUGGUCCAUACUCAGCUGAUCCAUUAUAUGGUGAUAUAAUGGUAUUUUCGUAUGAUUAUUGCCUACAAUUUUAUCCAGAUAUAUUUGAUAAAACGAUGAUUUGUGCCGGUAGGGCAGAUACAUGGGAUGUGGACGCAUGUCGUGGUGACGCGGGUGGUCCGCUAAUUUGCGAAGGUCAUGUAGCCGGUGUUGUUUCUUGGAGCUCAUAUUGUGGAAGAGGCAAGAAACCAACGGUAUUCGCUAGCGUAUAUCAUCAUCGUCAUUGGAUCAAAAGGGCAAGCUGUGCAAAAAUAUUAAAGUCACUAAAUUUACUUUACUUUUUAUUAUAUAUACUGUGCAUUUAUAUCUCUUCUUGAAAUCUAUAUAUUAAUAUGCAUAUAGUAUAUGUGAGUGUAAAAAUAGUGGGCAUUAUCUUUUGAUUCGAGCAUGCAGACAUUAUUGGACUAAAUUUCAUAAAAACUUAUUAUACAGAUUUUCUUGGAAAUAAUAUUGCUAAUAAAUUAAAUUACUUCAUA